AUCAACAUCCACCCCCCACCACCACCACCACCAUCACUACACAUCCUUCCUCCUCACUCCUCCGCCAUGCAGUCGUCUACCUUUGGAGGGCCAGCGCGGCCCCCAGCCACUGCCACUCUCUCCUCCAUCCUCGCAAAGGCAAACUCGCUCAACAAUGUCGACUAUGACCCAGAACUCCCUCAGAUCCGCUUCAACAUUGACGAGAUCGAGCGCAUGAGCGAGGCCGCCGCGGGCAAGGGCAAGCGCUCCAAGGCAACCAACGCUGAAGGCCACACCCUUCUUUCCAACCUCGGUAUCAAUACCUCGCGCCUGAGCCACGAGAUUGCGCAGCUCCCGAACGCCGAGACCAGCCGUCCCAAACGGCGAAAGCAGGGCGGCCGGCUCGCACCCCUCGGCGACCUUGGGCCCGCGUACGCGGUCGGUGACACGGACGUCGGCGCGUGGGGUCGCAACUGGCACGAGAUGGUCAUCCUCAGUGGCAUUGAGGUGCAGCGACAGAAGACCGUCAAGGCAUUCCAGGAUCAGUUCCAGGCGCGCAUGCUCGCCAGUUGGGAGAGCGAGAAGAACCGAGUUCUCCAGGACGAGCUUGGAGUGACGGACGACGAGCUUGCGCGGCUCACAAGUGGCGCUUCCCCAGCUGUCGGGGCCAGCACCCUUGGUCGCUCUCGUCUCAGCGCGAGCACACGGCGCUUCCCCCUUGCUCAGUCUACAUUGGGCAAGAGCUCGGCGGGCGAGCGCGAGGGCGGCAUGGUCAUGCACAACAAGGCGCUCAAGUACGACAAGGUCGUGACGACUCUCAACCAGCGCCGGCUGAGGCGUGAACCAUACGAGCUGUGCCAGGCGUUUGAGACGACGGUCAAGGGAGACACAAAACACCCCAUGCUUCCGAAGGCGUUCCACAUUCUCGCGUACAUGACACAGGAGGCAUCGCUGCGUGACGCAGAAUUCGGCGUCGGGCCCAGCACUGCUGAGCCUGUUCUCGAGCGACAGUACGCGCAGGCAUAUGCUGCGCCGCGUGGCAGCAACGCGAGCAUUGCUCUGCAUGGCCGCCUCGUAAGCGGCGCCAAGUCGUACCUCGAGCGCGACUUCGAAGAGUAUAUGGACGCGACGAUCGCCAAGAACCCCAAAGAGGCCAACCUUGGAGGCGUACCCGGCAUUGCGAACAAGGUGCGCGCUUUCGUCGACGUGACGUUGCGCUCCAAGGAGCAGUUGGAGCGCUUCACCCCGCAGACAGUCGACGGCAUCAAGCUCUGGGCCCACCUCUACUACCUCCUGCGGUCCGGACACCCAUCCGAGGCGCUCGCGCUCGUUGAGGACCACAUGCACAGCUUCACCGACGACUGGUCGUUCCCCAGCGCAUUCAAGGCGUACCUCGGCUCGCCGGAGCGUCGUAUCCCCAAGAAUCUCCGCGACCAGCUGUUUGCCGACUAUAAUGGCCGCAUCCGCAAUAACGCCAAGGCCGACCAGUUCAAGUACGCGCUGUACAAGCUCGUCGGACGACUCGACCUCGCGCGCAAGACGGCUAAGGUGGCCGUCACGACCGAGGACUGGAUGUGGUUCCAGCUCAGCCUGACGCGCGAGAACAAGGAAGGCGACUCGCCGCAGGAGCAGUACGCUGUCGCCGACUUGGCUACGCUCGUGCUCAAGUACGGCAGCGAGAAGUUUGACUCGGCCACCAAGCCGUUCCUUUGGUUCAACCUGCUGCUUCUUACGUCGCAGUUCGAGCGGGCUGUGGGAUACCUGUACUCGAAACCGCAGCUCAAGACUGAUGCGGUGCACUUUGCCAUUGCGCUGGAGUACUAUGGCCUGCUGCGCAUCCCUCCAGCAGAAGAGACAGACAUCUUGACUGGUGCCGAGGGCGAGGACCCCGCUCUCAACUUCGCGCGCAUCAUCCAGCUCUACAUUGCUCCAUUCCACAAGGUUGAGCCCCAAAGCGCUCUGCAGUACGCGUACCUCGUCGCGCUGGCGUCGGAUGCGCCCUCUCCGCAGGGUCCGGCACAGCGACAGCUGGCGCUCGACCUGGUGCGCGAAAUUGUCAUCGGCUCGCGCGACUGGAGCAAGUUGCUGGGCAGCGUGCGUGCCGAUGGCUCGAAGGAGCCGGGGAUCAUCGAGCGCGACCUCGACCUUCUCCGCCUCGGCAACGAGAAGGACUAUGUGCGCGAAGUCGUGCUCGCCGCGGCCGACCAGGCGGCCCACGACGGCUCCCUCACCAACUCGGUGGAGCUCUACCACCUCGCGGGCGACUUCAACAAGGUAGUGUACACGGUGAACCGCGCACUGGGCCAUUCGCUAGGCCAGCCAGGCGCGCCGAUUGAGGCACAAGCGGCGCUGUCUGGCGCCUUUGGCGGCGUGUCCGACGUGGAGGGGCUGGCUGCGCGUGUGCACGACGUCUACGCGAGCGACUUUGGCAAGCGCUCCCGCAUCUCCAACCGCAACUGGGACACGCUCGAGGUCUUGCUUAAGCUCAAAGCGGGGCUGGGGCAGUUUGCGGCGGGGCGACCAGAUUUGGCACUCGACACGUUCCGGAGCACCGAUCUGCUGCCGCUCGACAACGACACGACGAGCAUUGCGCGCUACGCGGCCAACUUCAACCACAUGCUCGACCAGCCCGUUGUCAGCAACCUCGACGACGUGAUCGUCACCACUAUGAAGUGCCUGCACCGCCUGAGCCAGCAGCUCAAGGAGAGCCCGUACGGCGACCACGGGCGCAUGGAGGCGCUGAGCGCGCUCAAGCACCAGGCGCAGUGCCUCAUCCAGUUCGCGAGCACGCUGCGGCUGCGCCUCGGCCCGGACGUGUACCGCCAGCUGUCGAGCAUGAGUGCGUUCUUCUAGGCGCGGACGUGGGCGGGUCGGUGAGAGUAUGUGGAGAGUCGUGUUAUGCAUUCAUACGCUACAGGCAACAUAAUAUCAACAAAUCUUGGUCUCGUCACUCAUGCUUCCCUCCAGCCCCUCGCCAUGCAGGUGCAAGUCUCUUCCCUCAUGAGCGACAGCUACAGCUUGGCCUUCCACACC